AUGGCUCUCCUUUCGUAUAUGCCCACAGCUGGCUGUGAGCAUCUGGACAAGGAGACAGUCGAGAAGAUCCGGCGGUUUCGAAAAUCCCCCCGAAAUGGUAUUGACCGGGACUUUGCCCAAUAUGUAUGUCUGCAAUGUUCAAUGCCGGGGAGUUUUCCAAGUCUGGACAAGCACUUCUCCGAAAGCAAGCACAAGUUUGCCGUCAGCGAAAAAUCCGUCUACUGCGGCGGUUGUAAGGACCUGGUGUAUGACCCAGCCCUGCUGAGCAACGGCAAGAAACGCAAACUGGCCGAGUCCAACGAGGAAGACGACUCUUACUUGACUGCAAACACGUCUCAGCGACCAUGUGGCCGUAGUGGCGUUCGUGGCCUGUUCAACCUCGGCGAGACCUGCUACAUGAACGCCGUGUUGCAGAUGAUGGUGCACAAUCCCCUGCUGGCAAGUUAUUUCCUCGGCAUGGGUCAUCCAAUCCACACCUGUCCCAUCUCCAAGGAGCCAGAGAAGAAGGCCAAUGAAUCUUCGGAUUCCGAAGAUGAGGGAGCAGAACAGGAGAAGCGAGAGAUGCAGGUCUGUGUGGCGUGCGGCAUGACCGAACUGUUCUCGGACGUCACCAUGGUCGAUCAGCCAUUGCCGGCUCAUGCUGUCAAUCUGCUUUUUGCAUCUUGGAAAAACAUUCCUCAAAUGUCCGGCAAAGGCCAACAAGACGCCCAAGAAUGGUUCAUGUACAUUAUCGACCGACUCCACGAGGCAGUGGCACAAUACACGACGCCGCACAAAACCAACAGCAUCAAUGCCGCCAACGGGAUCAACACGUUCAAUCGGCAAUGCGUCUGUUUCUUCCACAAGGUCUUCUACGGCCGGUACAACAGCCAAAUCACAUGCGACAAAUGCCACACAGUCUCGUCGCGCGAAGACGAAUUCUCCAGCAUCAGCCUGGACUUUAAGCGCCAAGUUAAGCGCAAGAGGAAGGCGGCCAAGGAAGCAGCUGCCGCUAAGGCCGUCACCGAUGGCAAUGCUGCCACCACCACCACUACUACAAAUGCCGCCGGUGGUGACAACAAGACGAAAGCCAACAACAACGCUGCCAACAAAGAACCUCUCCGGAUCACGGUCCCCACUCUCCACGAGUGUCUACGUGCGUAUACGGCUCCCGAACCGCUCUCGCCAGAUCAAUACACCUGCACGAAAUGUGACUCACGACAGCCGGCUACCAAACAGACUCGCUUGCGCAAGUUACCGGCCAUUCUGUGCGUGCACGUCAAACGCUUCGGCAUGAGACAGCUGGGUCCUGGCAACUAUGUCCCUGAAAAGUAUGAAGGAAAACUGGAUUUUCCAUUGCACCUCGACAUGGGUCCUUAUACGACCAAACCGCCGCAGUGGAAUGAUUACGGAGAUGGCUACUACGAUGUCGACGACAACGUCGAAGCCGAUGUCAAAAAGAGCCAAGCUAACGGAGCUACAAAGAACGAGAAUAGCAAAGCCAACGUCAAUGAGAAAGCAACAACCAAUGGUGAUCAUAAGAGCAACACUAACAAAGCCGAUGAAGAUGCCAAAAAUCACCAUCGUCGUCGAGGUCGUGACGCCUACAUGUACGACUUGGACUGUGUCGUGGUCCAUCAGGGUGAUAAUGCCCACAAUGGACAUUACUUUGCCUUUUGCCGCCAGGACAACAAGUGGUUUCGCUUCGACGACGAGAUCGUCUCCGCCACCACGACCGAAGAUGUCUUGAGACAGGAAGCGUACUUGUUGUUCUACUCGUUGCGAAGCUUGGAAUCGGUCUAG